ACUGGUAGUAGGCUAGAAAAACAGAAUGGAACAAAGCCACACUGAGCUUUAAAGGUAAAAACAAGGAGUUUGUAGUGGACCUGGGAAGGGAAGCCAAUGAAAGGAUUGGAGCUUAGAGGUCACAUGCUUGAGUAAGAUUUGGCGUUGCCAGGAAGUAUGAUUGGUGGGAAACUGUGAGGAGACCCUCACACCAUUCCCUGCCAGCCACACUUCCUGGAAUGCCUUUGGAGUAAUGCAAUGUGACAUGAUGUGAUGUUGUGCCCAAGACAUUCCAGGAAGAGCAGCUGGCUGGAAGCUGCAUAGAGAGCCUCGUGCGUCUGUUCUGUUUAAAAAACAGUUAGAAAAGCAAGGAAAAAAUGGAAAACGCUCGGCUACCUCAUAAUCUUAAAUAAGAUCAUGAGACCCCGGCAUAAGGAAUUUAAACCAAGGACCGGCUUGAGAUCCUCAAGUAGAGGCUCUUUAGUUAAGACAAUGCCAACAGAUACAGCCAACAACUCAAAAUGUGCCAUCUGCUUGGAAAGAAUCCAAGAUACAACUUACUUGAACCCUUGUAAUCACAGGUUCUGCUUUGACUGUAUCCAGAAGUGGUCCAGAAAGAAAGUGAUAUGCCCACUGUGUAAGCAGCAUUUCCAUUCAUUCUUCCACACCGUAAGCACAAAAGGUACAUUUUGUGAGUAUGUCCUGCCUUCGAAUGGUGACUGCUUUUCUCACUAUGGAAGCAGGGAUGGCCACACAACAGUUUCUACUGAAAGACUUGCAUCACCACCUGACAAUGGCAUACUGUUUGAUGAAAUUAAGGGAACACUAUCUCAAAGAGAGAAGGAUGUUUAUCAGCUCAUGAGACAGUUUGCAGUAACAAAGAGCCCUGCUAAUGUAGAAGUAAUCAGUCUUGGGAAAUUUAAAGCCCAAGCUGUAAUUCAGUUCAGGAGGGGUCUAUACCAUGCUGGAAUCCAUGUCCAAAAUGCUCAAAAUCCAGAUUUCAACCAAAUUGCUUCAGCAGAAUUUUUCAGCAGAAAUCCUACUUGCUUUGACCGAUUGAUCCCAUGGUUGAAACGAGAAUUAAAAGUCUUGUGUGGUAAUCAGAGACCGCUGAUUCAUACCUUACAGAACUUCAUCCUCAAUAAUAUGACUCAGCAUGACCUGCAGAGCAAGGAGUUUGAGGUUCUGUUAUGGCCCCACUUGCGCCACUUCAGCGCUCACUUCUUGCAUGAGUUCAUCAGUUUUGUGCAGUCUCCCUUCAAUUUGAAGAAGUAUGACUGGAACGCCUCAUAUGUGUGUCCUGCUCUCAUGAGGCAAGAUUCCAAUUCUUCUGCUUUUCCUGCAUCUUCAGGUGAUGAGCCCUCCCAACUUCCUGAUAAUGAUCAGACAUCCCAAGCCGAUAGAAAUUUAGACACCGGAAAUAUGGGAUGCUUGCACUCUACUUCACAGAAGGAUCCAACUGAUGUGUUCACUGCAGCAGAUAGUACAGGCAACACUAAGAACGAAGGGCAUAAUUUGGAAGACUUGUCCAAUAGUGAUACUGAAAAAGGAAGACACACGCCAGACAACUUUAUGAAAAACAAGCUGGAUAUGGUACAACUAGAUAAAAAAACACAACCAGUUGGAUCACUCUCUCAUCCCCGGUUACUUCGAUGCAAGAAGGAAAAUGAUGGCAAGCGGGAAUUGCAUCCUGUUCAGACUCGCAACUCAAAUUCAGUUAGGAAUUCCCCAAGUGUAUUAGGAUCUGGGGAUUACAGUGCAUUUCGUUUUAAUCACAGUGAAGUUGCUGACAUGGCGACCAUGCACAACUCCACAAAAGAAGAAACUACCAAAUGGCAAGAACCUGAUUUCCCCACAAGUCACCGGAGGAGCUCGUCUUCUGAAAGGCACACAACAUUAUCUCCAGGCAGAAAGGGUGUCUUUAAAAAGAGCAUGUCGAGAGGUAUAGAAUACAGUUUUGAAGAAGGAUAUUCUUCCUGCAAAGGAAGACAUGGAGGAAGAGGUCAAGCAAGGCAUCAGCAUGAAGGAAGGCAUCAUGCAAACUAUUCCAGGGACAGGAGACUUAAGAAAGAACAAAGAAAGCCAAAAUCUAGACAUGUGAGCUUAUUACGCAAGAACACUCUGCCAUUCAGAAAUGAGAACCUUGUGGCAAGAGAGAUGAACAAGCCCAAGUCUCAGAAUGCAAAUCAUUUCAGAAAACUAAGGAGCAAAGACUAUGAUUAUUUAAGAAACAGGGUUUCCAGUGAACCAGGCUGGAGAUAUCUUUACUAUAGGCAAGACUGUGAGAGAUACAGGUAUGAAGAUCCGUUGUGCGGUAAGGGUGAACCAACCAGAGUUUACAGUCCAACCUUCUUGGCUAGCUCCAGAGAGAGAUCAUAUUUUCCCCCAGAACAUAAAAUCUCAAUCAAUCAGGAAAGUCUGACAAAAGGCUGGUACCAUUGUUCAGAGAGAUGCAAAAGCACAGGAAGACCUAGAGGUAGAUUUGCUGUAGUGGGACAGGAGAGAGGGACUUAUGAUAAACUUGGUGGGAAGAGGAGGCACAAAUUGCAUCACAUAGAAUCUGCACAUUCAAGGGGAGGACCGAGGUAUCUCCAGAAUUAUAUCAAUAGAUAAAGCCAUCACUGCCAACCUGAGUGCCACACAGAGAGCCCAAUGUCAGCUGUGACAGGCAGGUCAUUGAAGUAAUAGCUGAACAUGAAAAAUGACAAAUACAUAAAAUAGUGGAAGGCAACAGCCUCAUACAAAUUGAGGCCACAACAAGAAGCACAAAAUGGGGAAGAUGCAAAAGAUGUGUUUUUACUGUUCAGGUGUGACUUUUUGCCUUAUUGGAAUAAAAUUAAAAUCUCACGUGUAUGUAUGUAUGCAUGCAUGCAGUUCAGUUUCUAUUACAAUCCUUUGCAGGGUUUGGAGGGGGACAGGUAAAAAAAAUGAAUAAAACUAAUCCACAUAUAAAAAUAUCCAAUACAAUUCAUGCCUGCUAAUUGUACUCCAUCCCUAAGCAGAAAGUGUUUAGGUUCAAUCUUUAAUUUACCUCUUGAGAAAGAGUGUUCUGCAGUUGUAGUCAGCCUCUAACCCUUUUCAAGUGUUAUGCCACA